UCGAUUCCAAUCGAAGUCUGUAAAUAGGUUAGUUCUGUCUGAGAACAGAGAGCUUCUUCAAGAGAAUACAACAGUGUGCUGCUGGAGCAAUACGAUGGAUGAGGAGGAGGCACAGUACGAGGCUUGUGAAUUCUCGGCGGUUUCCAGUGGAGAAGCAGAAGCAGAAGCGAGAUCAGGCCCGAUCAAGCUUCGGAUUCCGAAUUUCAAAUCCUUCGUGGAGGAAGAUUACGACGAUCGAGGAGCUAAAGACGUCGAAGACGAAUCGGAAGAAGAUCGAGAUGGCGAUCAUGGAGCUGGAAACAAGGUCGAAGAUGGAGGAGGAGAAGGUCAGACGCAUAUAUGCUCUGAAUGUGGCAAAGGGUUCAAGUCGGGAAAAGCUUUGGGAGGUCACAAGCGGAUCCAUGGCAAUGAAACGAGCAGAUCCAGGGAGAAACCCAGGAUGAUUAUACCUCACAGUGCGAAUCUAGAGCUCGUCCAUGGAUUCGUAGAGUUCGCUUGCUGCGUUUGUCGGAGGAAAUUCACUUCCAUGAAGGCAUUGUACGGACACAUGAGGUUUCAUCCGGACAGGGGAUGGAGAGGAGUUCAGCCUCCUCAAACCAGACCCGGUUCCUCCUCUUCCACACUCUCUCUUGACCAUGAUCACUUCAAUUCUGAUUAUGAUGGUGAUGGUGAUGGUGAUGAUGAUGAUGAUGAUGGUGGUGAGAACUCGGGAUUCUCGGAUUGUAACUUGGAAUCCAUUGUUCCUGAUAUGGUUGUCGACCUCAAGGAAUCGACAAAGGGUUGGUCUAUAACCGGGAAGAGAGGCAGGAGAAGCUCUUCGAAGGUUGAAACGAACCCGGAAGACGAUAUGCAAGAAGCUGUCAAUGAUCUGUUGAUGCUAGCUAACGCAGAAACCGGUCCCGAAAAGCCUCGGAAUCCCGACAUUCUCGAGAGCUCUGAAAAGGCCGAAGAGAAUGUUCUCGAGCAGAAGAAGAUCAGAAGGAAGAAGAGGAGAUUGUCAGAUAUGGAGAAAACGUCCAAUCGAGACGAGCUUGAUCAUCAUAUUGACGGUACCAAUCCGCCGAAACACGUGUGUGUGACCUGCAACAAGUCAUUCCCUUCAUACCAAGCUCUUGGAGGUCACAGGGCAAGCCACAACAAGGCCAAGAACGAGAGCUCCGGGGUCGGAGCCUACACGUUACUUGCGUCAGAAGCAACCGGCUUAGUCAGCGGUCAGGGAUCAAACACGUCGGUCUCUAGCAACGGAGAUCACCAAUGCAACAUCUGUCAGAAGAGAUUUCCGACAGGGCAAGCUCUGGGAGGGCAUAAAAGAUGCCACUGGGUUGGACCAGCGGCUGAGGCUGCAGGGUCAUCUACGAGCCAAGCUACCGAUCAGACACAGGAAGCUAAAGUGCAGAGACCGGUCUUGAGCAUUGACUUGAACGAGCCGCCGCCGAAAGAGGAGGGAAGCGGUGGAGAAACAACAGUCAGGUGAAGUUAAAAAAAAGGAUUAGUCUAAUCAAAGAGAUUUUGGUUUUAGAGUCACAACAUGUUGGAUUAAGGUUAAAUACAACACAGAGAAAGAGAGAGAGAGAGAGAUUGGGUUUUGGAGUUUGGAGUUUGGAGAGAAACCCAGUUUGGUUCUUGUUUCUGUUUUGGUGGGGUCUUUGUAGCUUUUUAUUUUCCCUUGAUUUCCUUUGCUUCUCUGAUGAGUUCACUAUAAAGCAUGAUGGUUUUCAGUUGCAGAAAAAUCCAAAAAGGACUGUCUCUGUCUUCUCUUUCUUCCCCUUUUAAA